AUGGACGGCGAUUACCAGGAAAUGGCUUACCCUAUGGGAGAUCAGCUUGAUUACUCUUCAAAUGUACUACAGGAGAUGCCGACGCAAGCUGUCGAGGAAGAUUUAGAAGGCGAUCCCACACAAUAUCAAGAAAACUACGCUCAAGACGAUCUACAAGAUUCCGAAAUACAACCCGAUAUUACACAAGAAGAUUGUUGGACAGUUAUAUCAUCGUUUUUUCAUGAUAAAGGACUUGUUCGCCAACAACUCGAUUCGUUUGACGAAUUUGUACAAAACACCAUGCAAGAAAUUGUUGAUGAAAAUAAAAAUUUAGUACUACAAACUUUUUCAGGAAGCCAAACGGGAGAUGGUGAUAAAGCAGUAUGUUCAGAUAUAAUCCUUUCACAAAGAGAAAAUCAAGAUCUGAAAAGAUUUUAUAUUCGAUUCGGUCAAGUUUAUCUUUCGAAACCUACAAUGACCGAAGCAGAUGGUAGUGUCCAAGCGAUGUUUCCACAAGAAGCACGCCUGCGAAAUCUGACUUAUGCGGCACCGCUUUAUGUCAACAUGAAAGAAGAAGCAUUAUACGCCGAUCCCAGAGCUCCAGAGAAUAGGGGAAAGCCAACAUUGGCCGAAAUGUUUGAUGAAAAUAAGUUAAAAGAUGAUCCAAAAGAAGAAACUUACGACAAAGUUUUUGUUGGAAAGGGUGGUUAUUUCAUCAUCAAUGGAUCCGAAAAAGUAUUGAUCGCUCAAGAAAGAAUGGCAACAAAUACUGUAUAUGUAUUUGCAAAAUCCCCUCCCUCACCUUAUUCGUACACUGCCGAGAUAAGAAGUGCUAUGGAAAAAGGAUCAAAAUUGGCUAGUUCAUUGGUUGUCAAAAUGCUAGCAAAGACAGCCGAGAAAGGAUCGACCGGACAAUUCAUCCAAGCAACUAUGCCUUACAUUAAGAAAGAUGUACCAGUGGUAAUCGCUUUCCGGGCCCUUGGCGCCGUUUCUGAUCAAGAUUUUCUUCAAUAUGUUUGCUAUGAUCCUAACGAUAAUCAAAUGAUGGAAGCAUUAAAACCGUGUAUUGAGGAAGCGUUUGCAGUUCAAAGUACUGAAGUUGCUGCCGAUUGGAUUGGACGUAGAGGGACAACCACCGGCGCUACUAGAGAUAAGCAAUUAUUGCCUCAUGUCUCAACUGAAUAUGGAUGCGAAAAACGAAAAGCAUUCUUUCUAGGAUAUAUGGUGCACCGACUUUUACUGGCUGCUCUCGGGCGUCGAGAGUUGGAUGACCGUGAUCACUACGGGAAGAAAAGAAUGGAUCUUGCAGAAUUUAAUCUUCAUUUGGCAAUUAAGGCACAAACGAUUACUAAUGGCCUUAAAUAUUCUCUUGCAACUGGUAAUUGGGGUGAUCAAAAAAAGGCUAUGCAGUCACGAGCGGGUGUUUCUCAAGUGCUAAAUCGAUAUACUUUCGCAUCAACUCUAUCCCAUUUGAGAAGAUGUAAUACUCCAAUGGGAAGAGAUGGAAAGAUUGCCAAACCACGCCAGUUGCACAAUACCCAUUGGGGUAUGGUGUGUCCUGCCGAAACUCCAGAAGGACAGGCUUGCGGUUUAGUUAAGAACCUUUCCUUAAUGUCAUAUAUCUCAGUUGGAAGUUCUUCAAAGCCAAUAAUAGACUUCUUGGAAGAAUAUGGCAUGAUAAAUUUGAAUCAACAAUUUGAUCCUGCAAAUAUUAGAGACAAUACAAAAGUUUUUGUAAAUGGUAAAUGGGCAGGUAUUUCCGCUGCGCCUGAACAAUUAGCUAAUACGCUUAGGGGCUUGAGACGAAGUGUUGAUGUGAGCCCCGAAGUUAGUGUUGUUAGGGACAUUCGUGAAAAAGAACUAAGAAUUUAUACUGAUGCUGGAAGAGUAUGUAGACCUUUAUUCAUUGUAGAAGAACAAUGUUUAAAAAUAAGUAAAGAACUUAUACAUAACCUGGACGUUAAUAAGCUUGUAAAUGCGGAAGAAGAAGAAACAGUUAUGAUCUGUAUGACUCCUGAAGAUUUAGCAGCGUCAAGGUAUUAUUAUCAAACUGGUGUUACACCAGCGUCAAAAGCACAUGAAAAAGACGUGGCAGCUCGUGUUAAAAGUGAAACAAAUUUAUACAUACAUACUUGGACACACUGCGAAAUUCAUCCUAGUAUGAUACUAGGAAUUUGUGCUAGUAUUAUUCCUUUCCCUGAUCAUAAUCAGUCACCGCGUAAUACUUAUCAAUCCGCUAUGGGUAAACAAGCAAUGGGCAUUUACGUAACAAAUUAUCAGUUACGAAUGGACACUUUGGCAAAUAUUUUGUAUUAUCCGCAAAAACCUUUAGUUACAACGCGAGCUAUGGAAUUUUUAAGAUUCCGUGAAUUGCCAGCAGGUCAAAAUGCUAUUGUAGCAAUUCUUUGUUAUAGUGGUUAUAAUCAAGAAGACUCAGUAAUUAUGAAUCAAAGUAGUAUAGAUAGAGGAUUAUUUAGAAGUAUUUUUUAUAGAAGUUAUAUGGAUCAAGAAAAAAAAGUGGGCAUAUUAUCUAUUGAAGAAUUCGAUAAACCGACAAGAGAAACUACCUUACGUCUCAAACAUGGCACAUAUGAAAAAUUAGAGGAGGAUGGUUUAAUUGCACCUGGUACAAGAGUAUCCGGUGAUGAUAUAAUUAUUGGGAAGGUUACACCUAUUCCAGAGCACACUAUUGAACUUGGUCAACGAAAAGAUUCCCAUACACAUAGAGAUGCUUCCACACCAAUGCGAAGCACAGAAAAUGGUAUCGUAGAUCAAGUGAUGGUAACAACAAAUGCCGAAGGAAUGAAAUUCGUUAAAAAAGGUACUAUUGGAAUUACAUAUCGACAGGAAGAUAUGCCAUUUACUUCUGAAGGAAUUACACCAGAUCUUAUUAUAAAUCCUCAUGCCAUCCCAAGUCGUAUGACAAUCGGUCAUUUAGUCGAAUGCUUAUUAGGAAAGGUUUCAACACUCACUGGCCAAGAAGGUGAUGCUACGCCGUUCACUGAUGUGACGGUUGAAGCUAUUUCACACAGUUUGCGACAAAAUGGUUACCAUUCUCGAGGGUUUGAAGUAAUGUAUAAUGGCCAUACAGGACGCAAGUUAGCUGCACAAGUGUUCUUAGGACCGACAUAUUAUCAACGAUUGAAGCAUAUGGUGGAUGAUAAAAUUCAGUAA